AAAGAUGAGACUUCACAGUUUAACAGGACUUUUGACAGUAUUAAUAGCUGUCUUUAUAGAAGACACACAUGCUGGUUCAUCUUGUUGCCAAAAGACAAGACAAGACUUGAAUACCUUGGCAACUGGUAUUUCCUCUGACGUUGCCACUCUAACGGCUGGUAUUUCUACACUGACAAAGAUGGUUUCAACACUCUCAAAUGCCAUUUCUUCUAUAAAAACGGACGUGUCUGAUAUAAAAGCUGAUAAUGCUGGUAUUGAAAGAGAAAUUGCAGCAUUACGUAAGUCAAAUGGUCAAGAGUUUUGCGAUUCGACACCCUGUGAUAAUGACGGAGCUUGUAACGAAUAUGGCUACACGUGUCAGUGUAAGAGUGGCUACACUGGGCGAAAUUGUGAAACAGAUAUAGACGAAUGCGAUUCAAGUCCCUGUCAAAAUAAAGGCAACUGUACUGACCAAGUGAACAGCUAUACGUGUAAGUGCGAGGCAGGAUAUACUGGUGUCAAUUGUGAGACAGAUAUAGACGAGUGCGAUCCAAGCCCCUGUCAAAAUGAAGGCACAUGUAUUGACAAAGUAAACAGAUAUACGUGUAAAUGCAAGGCUGAAUUCGCUGGAGUCAAUUGUACAAUAACCAUAGGACAAUUAAAAACCAAACCAAUCGUUGCGAAGAUACAGCUGCAGUCAAGCCUUAUAGAUGAUCUUGCAGUAACAUCAAGAGGACAUAUUGUGGCAGUUGGUUUUACCACAAAGAUAUAUGACAGUGAUUUUACUCUCAUCAAAAACGUUAGCAACGAGUUCCAGUAUGUUGCAGUUUCAGAUGAUGACCAACUUGUAUUCACUGACUUGUCACGGACAAUCUACUUCUACACAUUAGAUGGCAGUCCUAUUCGCAACAUAACGGCUAAAGUGUCUCCAUUUCAACUAAAUGGUAUUACUACACUAUCUACUGGUCAGUUGGUUGUGUGCGGUGUAAGGACAGAUGGAGUGUAUAUUGUUGAUCAGUCUACAGGGAAUGCAACAACCAUCCCUGCUUCUGAUUCGUUUGUAUGGCCUAACUUUGUGACAACUAACAGCAAAGGAGUGGUUAUAGUUACCGACCACUCAGGACCUUUAAAAGGGAUGGAUCAAGCAGGCAACGUACUUUUCACUUACGGAGCCAAGACGGGAAAUUACUGGUUGGGGAUCAUAACGGACAAUUAUUCAUUAUCACAUACCGGGUGUAAGGUAAAUAUAACACGAUGACAAUAAAUAUAAUACUACAGUAUACUGCAAUAUAACACAUAAUUAUAAGUAAACAUGAAUAUUGCAUAAAUAUAUACAGGUGUUGACGAAAAUAAAGAUGUUCGAUAUUUAAUCAUCCUAUCUACUACUAUAUCUACUACAUAUUACAGUAUACGAAGGAAGUGAACGAGGAAAUCAGAUGGGUAAAG